AUGGUCGAAGUCCAACGGCAAAGAGACACGGUGCGAGAUGCGAAUUGGCCUGAGCGAGCAACGUCAAUUGUGGUGGAUGAUGAUGAUGGUGAGGAGAUGGUCUAUCGCCGACCGUGGCUCUACCAUUGCGCAGCUAGCUCGCUGGAAGACGUCUCUGGCGGUACCUGUCAAUCCUUGCCGCCUUUGCUUGCCGGUCGACGUGACGCCGCCAUCAUGGACCCCACUGCCGGAGUCUCCACGCCCACCAAGGGCGUGCUCGGCCUCACGCUGCUAGCCAUCCUCGGCGUCCUGCUGCAGCGACUCCUCCGUGUUGAUCACGAUCCUCGCGAACCGCCUCUGAUCCCUACCAAGGUCCCGCUGCUCGGUCAUGUGAUCGGCUUGUACAGACAUGGCAAGCAAUACUACCAGAAGAUGGAAGAUCAAUACGGCUAUGACAUCUAUACUCUCGCCCUCCCGGGCAUCAAGCAGUAUGUCAUCACCAGCCCGGCCUUGACGGCAAGCGUGAGCCGCCAGUCCAAGCUCAUCUCCUUCCGCCCUUUCAUCAUCAACUUCGUGAGGAAAUCGAUGCUCUUCGACGAUACAGCCCAUGCCAUCAACCAGAAAAACCUGUUCGACGAAGACGGUCAGGGUGUCAUUACCGCCAGCCAUGACGUCUUCUACAACAACUUACCCAGCGGGCCUGCCUUGGACAGCAUCUGCCAAGUCCUGCUGGACGACGCCGCCGCCAUCUUCAACAAGCUCUCUUCCGGCGAAGAAGGCGGCGGCGAGAUCAACAUGGGCCUCGUCGACUUCUGCAAGAACGUCAUCGGCUUCCCCACCCUGAAAGCCCUCUGGGGCCCCGACAACAUCUUCGCCAAGGACCCCACGCUCCUCGCCGACUUCUGGGACAUGGAGGUCGGCCAGGUCCUGCUUGGAAUCGGCAUCCUCCCCUCGCUCGUGGCGCCCAAGGCCCACCGCGGCCGCGCCCGCCUCCAGGCCGCCAUGACCGAGUACUACGAGAGCGGCGCGUGGCUGCGGGCAUCGACGCUGAUCCAACAACGCGCCCAAGCCCACUUCGACCACGGCUACACGAAGCGCAUGUUCGCCCACUCCGACACGGGCCUGCUCAUCGGCGCGCUGCCCAACUCGACCUUCACCACCUUCUGGCUGCUGGCCCGCCUCUUCGCCGACCCCGCCCUGCUCGCCGCCAUCCGCGCCGAGCUGGACGCCUCAGGCACCGUGACCCUGCGCAAAAACGACGACGAUGGCCCCAAAGCCGUCGCCACCAUCGACGUCGCCCGCCUGCGCACCCGCUGCCCGCUCUUCUCCUCCACCUUCCGCGAGACCCUGCGCCUCGGCAUGCCCACGUCGUCGGUCCGCGCCGUGCGCGAAGACGUCAUGCUCGCCGACCGCCACCUCCUGCGCAAGGGGUCGCUCGUCCUCAUCGACGCCGGCGUCAUGCACACCAAGCCCGCCAUCUGGGGCGACGACGCGGCGGAAUUCGUCCCCCGCCGCUUCCUCGACAGCCAGGCCGGCGACUUCACCGACGGCGGCGGCGGUCGCAACAAAGUCCACCCCGCCGCUUUCCGCGGCUUCGGCGGCGGCGAGGUCUUUUGCCCCGGCAGGAACCUCGCGCUCGUCGAGGCCACGGGCAUCGCGGCGCCGUUGGUUUGCGGGUGGGAUAUCGUGGGCGAUGAGCUGCUGAAGGUGCCGCCGCCGCUGGACGACGUCAUGCCGAUUGGAGUGUGGAAGCCGCGAGAGGACGUGGCGGUGAGAUUGAGGCGGAGGGAGGGGUGGGAGGGCGUGAAGUGGGAGUAUAGGGUUUGA